CCUCCCCCCAAACAGCCUACCUUUGAAGGGAUGGAUGCUGAUGAUCUUCAGCGCACGCCUCCUCCAGCUCUUCAAUCACUUACGUCACGUGGUGCGUCCCGGGUGGUGGGUGUGGCUUCAGCCAUAGGGUUUCAUUCAUAAAUAGUUUUUGCUUUUAAAUCAGACUUGAAGUGUUCGGCGAAGAUUUUGGCGCUAUUGGCUUCUGCCUAAGUUCCCUCACAUGGACCACCUCAAUUUUAAUUAGCUGAGCUUCUGGUCAGAGUCUAGGCAAGCCUAUGCUGAGAGGACAAAAUAGCCCUGAGGAGGCUGGCCAGCCAGGUGGGUGGGCAGAGGCAGGCUGAGAAUGCAGCAAGGGAGCUGAGGAAGAUCUGAGCAGGGAGACACCAACAUCCAGAGCUGCUGCACACAGCCCUCCAUCAGGGGGGACGCUCACGCUCGCCUGGACCAUGAGCAAUGAGUCUACCGUCUGGAUCAACUUCACCGAGAACUCCACCGGGGUCCCAUUUGAGCCUGGUAAACAACAGGAUGGUUACGUCCUACUGCUGGUGCUCCUGUCCAUCUUCCUGGGGGGAACACUGGUCCUGCUGUCUGUCCUGCUGAUCAUCUGCAGACGUUGCUGUGAUGGAGACUGCCGCCAUGCCAGGGCCAGCGAUGACCCUGAGAAAACCAACACCAGCUACAUGGAGGAGUCUCAGCCAGUACAUGGACAGAUCACCAUCCGUGUAGACGAGUCAGACUGCCUAUCGGCCGCCAGCUCCCACAUGGACAUGGAGACAGAGCGCUUCCUGUCCACAGGCACCCACGGUGGCCGCCGCGUCUCUUUCAAUGAGGUGGCACUCUUCGACCACGGCAAGAAGGCCCAGGAGAAAGGCCGUAGAUUUACGUUGACUGAGGGUGACUUCCACCACCUGAAGAAUGCGCGGCUCACACACCUCCACAUCCCGCCGCUGGCCCUCAAGAUCGUCACCAUUCACGAGUGUGAGUCAUCUGAGAACAACAUCGCCAUGACGACCUGCCCAGCCGCCAAGUCCAGCCUCUCCAUCUUCCAGCCGCCUUUGUGUGCCCGACGGCCACUGUGUCCCCUGCCCCAGACAGCAUUGACCAGUCUGAGUGUCAGCCCCAGCUCAGCCCUCCCUGGGGACACCCUUAACUCGGUGGUGGACACCAGCUUCAGUGAGAGUCCUUUAGCACCGGGUCCCAAGGAGCCCAGCACCAGCAGCAUUGAGGUGAUGGUGUCUGGCUCCAGGAAUGGGGGAAGUCCGUCUUUGAGUGAAGGGGCGUCGGUGACGUCUGUGACAGGUGCAUCUCCUGGCGCAGGGGUGGGGCAGGGCCCGGUGCUGCAGUUCUUCACCAAGCUGAGGCGCCAUGCCAGCCUGGAGGGAGCCAGCCCAUACUUCAAGAUCAAGAAGUGGAAGCUAGACAGCAGCCAGCGGGCCUCCAGUCUGGACACCAGAGGGUCCCCUAAGAGGAGGCAGUUCCAGCGGCAGCGCGCUGCCAGCGAGAGCAUGGACCAGGAGGAUAGCGAUGCCCACCACAUUGACCUCAUCCAGUACAUUGCCAGGACCCAGGACGCCACCUAUCGCCCCUCUGCCUCGGCCUGCCUCCAGCCACACUCCUCCCCCUCCACGCCACCACCCUCCCUCGGCAGGUUAGAGGUGGAGGUGGUGGUGGAACCCAGCUGCAGCAGGGGCCAGGGGCUGGAGGUGAUCGGCUUGUCCCCGGAGCCCCAGGACGAGGCAGCGAGCCUGGGGGACUGUAGACCGCAAAACUCAGCAUCAGACCACCAGGCCCUGUACAGAGACAUCUGGACACUCCGGGCCUCCCUGGAGCAGUAUGGCUCCUCAGACCAGAUCAACAACAACGACAGGGACUCUGUCCGCAGCGAUGCUGACAGUGUCUGCUCUCUGAGGGGGCAGACCAAGAGGGGGGGGCUAACCAGUUACCUCUCCCAGGACAUCGGGGAUGGACCCGAGGGGGAUGUGGAGCUGCCCAUGGAUGAAGGGAUGGGAGAGAAGGAGAAAGGGGGGAAGCAGGACAGUGUGGAGUCAGAGAGGGGCAGUGACGGGGAGUCAGGGAACCGUAAGUUAAUGCAGAUGGACAGUGGCUAUACGUCUAUAGAGGCUCCAUCACGGGCGCCAGAGGAGCUGAGACUGUUUGGCAGUAGUGGCAGCAGUGGCAGUAUAGACAGGUCGGCCCUGGAGAAGAGACACUACUUCACCAGUGCAGGGGGCACUGGCACAGUGGUUGAGAGCUUCGAGGCCCGCAUCUUCGAGGAAGAGCCAGACGAGGAGACGCCGGCGGGUGCAAUGGGCGGCAUGACCAUAGAAACAGCCAGGUCUCCCCUGGGCUGGUCUCCGUACGGUCAGAUGUUCACCCCGCGAGAGGCGCAGCCGCAGCCGCACCCCCACCCCCCCUUAUCAAUUCACCACCGUGACUACAGCAUCGACGAGAAGACGGACGCGCUCUUCCACGAGUUCCUCCGCCACGACCCCCAGUUUGACCAGCAGGAGACGCCGAAGAAACAUCGGUCGCGCAUCCACCUCCGCAAGCAGUGGCAGCGCCACAAGCAGUACAGUGACCCAGGCGUUCGCUACCAGUACCACUCCUUUGAGAGGCAGCGGAACCCCCUCCGACGAGGUGAUAGCGUCAACUACCCGCUGGACACAGGCUACCACAGCACGCUUCCACGCAUCAUCAGUGCGCCUGACGAGGAGGCCAGCGAGGGGACCCCCAGCACCCCCCAGACGCCCAAGGCUGAGGUGGUGGUGGCGGGAGGGGCAGAAGGUGCCGAGGUACAGGAAGGAGACAGGAGAGAGAGUCCCAGCAGUAGCUGUGGCAGUAGCACCGUGACCAUCACAGACGACAAAGGGAUGGCGUCCUGUUCCCCUCCCCCUCCCCCGGAGAGAGAGGGUCUGCUAUGGGAGCAGCCCGACCCCCAGGAGGACACAAGGCAGGCAGAACACCCCCCUGAGCCACCUGACGAGCCCCCCCAGCCCCCUGACAAGGGCUACGGCCCACAGACCAUCACAGCCGAGCUGACGGACAAGCUGAGCGCCACCCUGGACGAGCGGCUGUACACGGGCCUGCGACGGACAAAGGACCCGGCGGCGGUAACUGAGUGUGUGGUGACAGUCACUCACGCCUCCCCCGACCACAGCCCAGUGUAGCAUGUCUCCAGUCCUCCUCCACUCCUCCCUGAUCUUUGUGUUUGAUUUGAUUUCAGUCUGCGCCAGGUAACUGCGAUGUCUCUGUAUCUGUCUGAAUUAGCAUGUUCCAGACCCGUAACAUGAAAACAGGCUACACUAUACAGUGUCAUGUAGGCUAGCUGAAGAAUCCACCCCUAGAUAGUGUCUACAGUACCGUGGUGUCUCUGACUGCUAUGAUUCCUUUCUCCUCUGAGAGAAGUAACGAUGUUAAAGGGAAACACCACUCAAACUAUCUUUUGGUAUUUUUUUUCAUUAGUCCACUGUUGACAGUACCAAAAUGUUUUGCAUGUCAGCCGUCCGGUUUCCAAGAUAUUGGACUUUCAAAAAGCAAAGUGUCACCGGCCACAUCAUCAAGAUGACGCUUUGCUUCUUGAAAGGCCAAUAACAUUUUGGGACUGUAUCAACAGCCGAUUAAUGAAAAGAAAGUAGAAUAAUUGUGGAUUUUCCCUUAAAGAGCCAGUAUGCCCUCUGAACUAGUCUAUCCACUGUGAAACCAGGUGCUAUUAAACAUCUAAAGAUCUGGAUACAAAGUUUAUCUGGGCCCUAUAGGCCAGUCCUGGCUGAAUCAAAAUAGGUUUAUCUAUGUUUACAUUACUUUUUCAUCACUUCAUUUCUUACAUAUGGCUCUGGAUAUCUGUUGUAUAUGGCCAUUGACAUAUAUCAAAUGCUUUCCAUGUGGCAUUUUGACUCUAUGGUACUAGGAACAGAAAACAGUCAACCAUGGAUUUGAUGAUGAAGAUGAAUUGUUUCUCAUACGCUGUCAUUAAAUGGAUAUGACGAGGGCCGAGGCUCUCCUAAUUUGGACACUGACUAUAUUACAGCAUUUAUAUAAUUACAGCCUCAUCAUGUCCACUCUGGAUCAGAGCAUUAUCCUUCGUCAAAUGUCCUUGUCAAAGAUGUUCUUAAAGGGGAAAAUUGCUUUCCAGAAAAGUUCUGGUUGUUAGGACAUGUUGUUCAAUGCCGUUGUAUUUAUUGUUGACAGAUUUGAUUUAAAUGUGUCUAUGCUCGUCUUAUAUUUCCUCUGCUUGUGACAAUAAGUGGCUUACAGGAGGCCAGGGUGAGAGUUAAAUUCCAGGUUUUUGCCUAAUUUCUGUGCCAGAAAAACCUUGUCUGCAAAUUGAGGGAUCGUAAUAGUGUUACUGACAACUCUGUUAGGAGCACAUAUCAAAGGCAGGCUCCUUUGGCCUCCCCCAACAGUGUUGGUUAGUGCAGGUCUAUAGCUGUAACAGUUUAAAUUAAGGCUUUGAAUGGGGCCAAUGUUGCUCUCGCAGACAUUUGCGUUCAUUGAAUUUCUUCAUACUUUCUCGUGCAUGGGUUCACCGAACAGGCUUUUUUUGUUUGCUUAUAUUCUUUUGUUUCCCCCUCCUUCUCCUGUGAAAGUAGACAACGCAGCAGCGAUCCCCCUGGGCUAUAAGGACUGCACGUCCAAACCAGAACAAAUUCCACAUUUUCUCCUCUGACUUCCUCUGUGUAGACUUUGCCACCCAAUGCUACCAUUCAAGUAUAACCACAUUAUCAGAUUACGUUUUAUGUGCCAAAAGAAGGCAAGGAAUGGCAUGCCCAUUCUAGAAGUACCUUGGAAACUAUUUUGCACUUAGCUGUGUAAUGGCUGGGAGUGUGCUGCAUCUCCCACAUGCUACAGUCAGCAGCUCCGGCUCCCAGCUCUCUGACCCAAACUGUAAAAAUAAUCCUGUUGUUUUUACGGUAAUUUACUGGCAGCCAGUUACCUGUAAGUUACUGUAAUAAAAGGUACUGUAUGUUACUGUAAACUCAAAAUAAACUUUGGUUUAACAGUACAUUACUGUAAACUUUCUCCCCAGUUUCCUCAGAAGCUAGUUAUUGCUUUACAUUUAGAGGAAAGUGCUGCAGGAAAAGGUGCUGAAUAUGGUCUCUGGCUGAGGGUGUAACACAAUUAAGAUUAAGAUCACUUUAUUGGUCAAUUGGUCACAAGGUCCAACCAAAAUUUGACUUCUGCUUUAUCCCAACCCCCCCGAAAGACAAGCAUACAGAUAACUGCAAAAAUGAUGGAUUCAAUGUAUAUUGAAAGCAGGUGCAUCCACACAGGUGUGGUUUCUGAGUUGAACGAUUAACAUCCCAUCAUGCGUAGGG